AUGUUGUCCAAGCUGAGGUUGGUGUUUGAUCUGUUGAGGAGUGCGCGUCUAACUCUCAAACCAUCGAAGUGUGCCUUCGGUGCCAAGCAGAUUGAAUUUCUAGGAUUUGUCAUUGGCGGCGGUUUGAUACAGCCAGGUGAACUGAAAACACGGGUGAUAUCGGACUUCCCUACUCCGGUCGACGUGACGUCAUUGAAACGGUUUUUGGGACUUACCAGCUUCUUCCGUAGGUUUGUGGAAGAAUAUGCGACCAUAGCAGAACCACUUACGCGAUUGACCAAGAAGAACGCGGAUUUCUUGUGGAGCGACAAGCAGGAUAGAGCUUUCCGUGUGCUGAAGGACCGGUUGACAAAGCCGCCAGUUCUUACUAUGUUUGAUCCAAAUGCAGAAGUUACCGAACUGCAUACUGAUGCCAGUUCGUUAGGACUUGGCGCUGUGCUGUUGCAGUCCAAGAAGACUGGCGAUUCGCUUAGGUUAGUUUAUUGUAUAAGUAAGAAAACCAGUGAUUCUGAAUCCAAGUACCAUUCCAGCAAGUUGGAAUUGAUGUGCGUGGUGUGGGCAAUGAGUAAGUUACGUCAAUUCCUCUUGGGACUGCAAUUUGUGGUUUACACGGACUGCCAGGCGCUUGUGUAUCUGAACUCAUUCAAGGCGACGAACGCGCAAGUAGCCCGCUGGCACGAUGUGUUGCAAGAAUAUGAUUUUACAAUCAAAUAUCGACCUGGGAAUCGGAUGUGUCAUGUAGAUGCUUUGUCUAGGGCUCCAGUAAGCCCUACUGGUGAAAAACUUCCCUUCGACGUGGAGUUGGAGGAUAGAUGGGACGUCUGUGUAUUACUGACCAUCGAAGAUAAGGUGCGGAUGUGCCAAGCGGCUGAUCAAGAGGUGUCGAGUAUUAUUCAGAAACUAAAUGCUGAUCCAGUCGACUACAACUUGGUUGACAAAAGUUUUUCUCUGGAGAACGUACUGCUGUACAGGCGAGUUAAUGGGAAGUUAUUGUUCGUGAUACCAACGGCUAUGCGCAAGGGGUUGGUGGUUGCUGCACAUAAUUUGAAAGGGCACCCUGCUGUGGACCGUACGGUUGCUGAUAUAUUAGAGGACUUUUGGUUCGUUAAGAUGCGGAGGUAUGUUGCAUUUCACAUCAAGAUGUGCUUCGAAUGCUUGAUGGUGAAGGGACCAAGAGGCAAACAGCCAGGUCUAUUGCAUCCUAUUGUUGUGGGGAAAAGACCAUUUGACACCGUACACCUUGAUCACUUGGGCCCGUUGGUUACCACUUCGAGCGGUUUCAAGUAUGUGCUAACUUUUGUAGACAACUUUACUAAAUAUGUAAAUUUUUACCCUGUAGCUAAUACGAGCGCCGAUGAGACGCUGCAGUGCGUCAAGAAAUUUGUGAACGCUUAUGGAUUACCUCAAAGGUUAAUUUCUGAUAGAGGGACGUGCUUCACUGCUCGAGUAUUCGAAGAAUAUUGUGAUGGUCAAGGGAUCAACCACAUAUUGACCUCCACGCGCCACCCACAGGCAAAUGGACAGGUUGAGCGGACCCAUAGUGUACUUAUGGCUGUGUUAAUGACGUGCGCUGAAGAAGGCAAGGAUUGGGACGAGAUUCUGACUGAGGUAUAG